CAAGCGAUCUCAGUCUUCAUCUUUUAACGUAGUACAUGACAUAAUUAUCUGUAUACGAGAUACGCGUAGGCCUCUACGCAAAAAUAUGUGUCUUCCGUAUAUCACUGGCAAUAUAUAUUGGGGGUAUAUCUCACUCCAUGUACUACCAAACCAAAUAGAUAUUCUGUCUUGUACACGUCGUUUAGCCUCGCUACCGAACGUUGGUCGGUCGAAUUGAGAAGAAAACUCUCAGAAAUGCAAUUUUACCAAAUGUUUUUGUCUACAUCCUUAUCAACUUUUUAAAUCAAGAGAUAAUUUGAUUGUAAUUUGGGCAAGUCCUAGACUGCAUUCGGGUUGCUUUGAUGUCUGCGAGUAGCUCUGACGCCCAGACAUCACCAGCUGCAAAAAAGCGGAGGCUCGAACCAGAGUCCAACAACACCAGCCAGAACUCGGUCAAUUCUAACAAUAGUGAGAUGGCAAAGAACGGAGGUCAGGAUGAGAUCGAUGAAGGGUUGUAUUCCAGGCAGCUAUAUGUUCUGGGACAUGAAGCCAUGAAGCGUAUGGCUUUGUCCAAUAUCCUCAUCUCUGGUAUGAAGGGACUUGGAGUAGAGAUUGCUAAGAAUGUCGUCCUAGGUGGUGUCAAAUCUGUCGUCAUCCAUGAUGAAGAGGAUGUUACCAUUCAAGAUUUAGCCUCCCAGUUCUUCUUCCGGGAGGCUGAUAUUGGAAAGAACAGAGCGGAGGUGACUGAACCAAGGCUGGCUGAACUCAAUAGCUAUGUACCUGUCUCAUCAAGCAAAUCUCCACUCAAUGAACAAUUUAUCAGCAAAUUCCAGGUUGUAGUAUUGACAACCAGUAGCUUGGAAGCUCAGCUAAGGAUAGGUGACUUCUGCCACUCCAACGGCAUCCAUCUAAUCAUUGCAGACACCAGGGGUCUAUUUGGUCAGGUCUUCUGUGACUUUGGUGAUAACUUCACAGUGUAUGACAACAAUGGAGAAGAACCCCUCUCUGUCAUGGUGUCUGCUGUAUCCAAGGAUGAACAAGGUGUAGUUACAUGUCUCGAUGAAAGUCGUCAUGGUUUUGAGAGUGGAGAUUAUGUUUCGUUCUCAGAAGUUCAGGGUAUGACUGAGCUGAAUGGUUGCCAACCAAGGGAGAUCAAGGUGCUAGGACCAUACACCUUUGGUAUUGGAGAUACUAGUAACCUAUCAGACUAUGUCAGAGGAGGUAUUGUUGCUCAAGUCAAGAUGCCACAGAAUGUUGCAUUUAAAUCAUUACGAGAAUCGUUGGCAGAACCUGAAAUGAUCAUGACUGAUUUUGCCAAAUUUGAUCGACCUGGUCAGCUUCACAUUGGCUUUCAGGCUCUUCAUUCAUUCAAGUCACAGUAUGGUACACUGCCAAGACCAAGGAAUGAUGAUGAUGCAGCCAAAUUGAUUGCCAUUGCAAAGGAGAUCAAUUCCCAGGCACCAGAUGCAUCUAAGCAGGAGUCUAUGGAUGAUAAGCUUAUCACCCAGCUAGCAUACAAUGCUACCGGUGAUAUCUGUCCUAUGCAGGCUGUCAUUGGUGGAGUCGCUGCUCAAGAAGUCAUGAAGGCUUGCAGUGGUAAAUUCAACCCCAUAAAGCAAUGGCUCUACUUUGAUUCACUAGAGUGUCUCCCAGAAGAUGAGAGUGCAAUGCCAUCAGAAGAUAACUGUCAAUCGACAAAUUGCAGGUAUGACUCCCAAAUUGCUGUUCUAGGAGCAGAUUUCCAAAGGAGGAUAACAGCUCAAAAAUAUUUCAUGGUUGGAGCCGGAGCCAUUGGAUGUGAACUGCUGAAGAACUUUGCCAUGAUGGGAUUAGGAAGCUCACCAGAAGGCAAGGUUUAUAUCACAGAUAUGGAUAUCAUAGAGAAGUCCAACCUCAAUAGACAGUUCCUAUUCAGAGCACAUCAUUUACAGAAACCCAAGUCAGAUACUGCAGCCAAAGCAGCCAAAGAAAUGAACCCUGAUCUCAACAUUGUACCACAUCUAAACCGAGUAGGACCAGAGACUGAGAAUAUCUAUGAUGAUGAAUUCUUUGAAUCAUUGGACGGAGUGGCUAAUGCUCUGGAUAAUGUAGAUGCACGUAUGUACAUGGACAGACGCUGUGUCUACUAUCGCAAGUCUCUUUUGGAGUCUGGUACCCUUGGUACCAAAGGAAAUGUCCAGGUGGUCAUACCACACCUUACAGAAUCCUACAGCUCUUCACAGGACCCACCUGAGAAGUCCAUCCCAAUCUGUACCUUGAAGAACUUUCCCAAUGCCAUUGAACACACUAUCCAGUGGGCUAGGGACAUGUUUGAAGGACUCUUUAGAAACCCUGCAGAGAAUGCUGCUCAGUAUGGAAAUGAUCCCAAGUUUAUGGAAAGGACUCUUAAAAUGGCUGGAUGUCAACCAAUGGAAAUUUUAGAACUGUUAAAGCGAGCCCUGAUAGAUGAUAGACCUAAGAGCCUAGAGGAUUGUAUAUCAUGGUCCAGGCAUCAUUUUGAGAGUCAGUACGUCAACCAGAUAAAACAGCUUCUCUUUAACUUCCCUGCUGAUCAGACAACCAGUUCAGGAGCACCAUUUUGGUCAGGCCCUAAGAGGUGUCCACAUCCACUCAAGUUCAAUGCUGAUGAUGCAACACAUCUUAGCUAUAUAGUAUCUACCAGUAACUUACUCGCAGAUGUCUAUGGCCUCCAAGGUAGCCGGGAUGAAAGUUUCUUCAGAAAAGUUUUGGAAUCAAUAGAUGUACCAGUGUUCACUCCUAAAGCAGGUGUGAAAAUUGCAGUGACUGAUGCAGAAGCCCAAGCAGCAGCCGAAGUCCAUGCUGAUGAUGCCCGUCUCAAGGAGAUUAUAGAAAGUUUGCCAACCCCAGAGCAGCUCAAGCAGAUCUCCAUUAAACCACUUGACUUUGAAAAGGAUGAUGACACCAACUUCCAUAUGGACUUCAUUGUAGCAGCAUCAAAUCUGAGAGCUGAGAACUAUGGCAUUACACCUGCUGAUAAAUAUAAGACCAAGAAGAUUGCUGGUAAGAUCAUUCCUGCCAUCGCCACUACCACCUCAGUGGUUGCUGGACUUGUGUGCCUAGAGCUCAUCAAGCUCAUCAAUGGCAACAAGAAGAUGGAGACUUACAAGAAUGGCUUCAUCAACCUGGCUUUGCCAUUCUUUGGAUUCUCAGAGCCAAUUGCACCUAGCAAGAUGAAGUAUUAUGACACCGAGUUCUCACUGUGGGAUCGCUUUGAUGUGAAUGUGACAAACAAAGAGAUGACACUGAAGGACUUCCUAGAUUACUUUCAGAAUGAUCUUAAGCUAGAAAUCACCAUGUUAUCACAAGGAGUAUGCAUGCUUUACUCUUGCUUCAUGAAUAAAGCUAAAAUCAACGAAAGAUUGCCCUGUCGAAUGUCGGAGGUGGUGACCAAGGUUUCCAAGAAGAAGAUCCCCAAACAUGUGAAGAGUUUGGUCUUUGAGCUAUGCUGCAACGACACAGAUGGUGAAGAUGUAGAUGUGCCCUAUGUUAGAUAUACCUUCCGCUGAAUGCACAUCAUCGUCAAUACCAAGCUCUCUUCUAUGUCUACUCCAUGUAUGAAAUCAUUUACAUUUAAAUGUUUAUUCAUUUAUUCAUUGUCUAUGAUUAACAACUGGGGAAUGUAACAUAUUUACAAUUAAUUGUAAUUCUUUGUACAUGGUUAAUGAUGGACUCACUAUCAUCCUUAAUUAGUAUGAUUCAUUGUAUUAAAAAGGAACCAGGGCUUAAUACCUAACCAUGAAUUAAUAAGAAAUUCAAUGAAAAAAAAAAUCUGGUGUCCAAGAAAUUACAAAAGAAUACACAAAUGUGUACCUUCAUCAGUUUAUUAUGACUACUUGUUUCAAUAGAAUGGGGCAUUCAAUAAAUAAAGAUGUUGAUAUGAAAUCCUUAACUAAUGGAGGUUAUUCCAUGGGGUGGGCCAAUUUCACGAAAGGUUUGUAUGAGUUCCUUGUCCAAUUGUUAGUUUGUAGGGGCAAGGCCAUGAAUUUCAGUAAUUCAAAACUUAAAUAAAAAAAAAAAAUCUUUACUGCAGGAUGCUAUGUGAUUAUAAAAACCAGAUUUGAUUGUAACAGGAUUUUUCAUUUGCUAAUUGCAAAAAAAAAGGCUGUACUAUGAAGCAGAUCUAAUGAUUAGAGAUGGUUUUAAUUAAAAUUUGACAUGUUCAAAUACUAUGCACUCAUAUUGCGAGAAAAAAAAUCAAUUUUAUUACAGGAGCAUUAUAUUACAAACAUGUCACUGUCUUAUUUAUUAAUAUUUAGAUUAAAAUAUUACCCCUUUUUUGUGUGUAUCUUAAAGUAUGUUACUGUGUGAAGAAAUGGAUGAUUUUUGUUUCAGGAAUAGACAUUGAAGACCUGUUACGGAAUGAGUCACUGUGUAGAUAAAAAACAUGCUAAACAUAAAUACAUGUAGUAAACUGUAUAUUUAGAAAUGGCCUAACCUUUUUUUUUCUUUUCCUCAAUAAUGGUUUUGUUCUCAAUGAACCAUUCUAAAUGUUAAGUGUAAUCUACUCGCUCAUGUGGAGUUGAAGUUGGAUUUUUUUGUGUAUUAUGUUAAAUUGUCUGAUGAUAAAGUGUAUCAGUCAGGUAGCAUACAAGGUACAACAAUUAUACAGUCUUUAAAGGUAUUAACUGUUCUUUGUAAUGACUACAAUCUAUAAAGUAUGUAGUUCUGACCCCCCUCCCUACAAUUGAACCUAAUUUCUUUUUUGUCUUGCCUAAACAGACUUUGGCAGAGACCUUGUAAUAACUCUUCCCGUUAGUCUGUUAUCACACUUUUGGUACAAAUGAUCCUUGGGUAAUACCACAUGUGUGUUGAUGGUGGGGCCAAAAGUUUAUAUUGCAUGUUUUAUUGAUAGCGAAAUCAAGCUAGACUCAUAAUUUAAGAACCACCUUGUCUAGUCCAUAUGAAAAGAUUCAACCCUAUCUAGGCACCUUUUGAUCCAAGAUUUGCAAUGCCUGGGUACGCAGAUCCGAAAUUUCUUAACAUAUUGUAAGUGCAUGUCAGACUGGAAAUUGCUCCAAAAUGUGAUUUGUUUUUUCAACCAGUUAAACUGUUCUAAAUGGAUUUAUUUUAUGCUGUUUAUGAUCUGAAGAGUCCCCAGCAAAGUUCGUUGAAAUGAUGAAAAACUAAGGGUGGAAAAAAUCCCCAAAAUACAUAAAUAUCAAUUUGCAUGAAAUAAACUAAACAAUUUUGAAGAAUAUGGCCCAGACAAACUGCAUGCCAAAUUUUGGUACGGCCGAGAUCUCAAGGGGGGCCCACGAGCCAAUUACCUCGCCCUAGAUAGGGUUAAUGUUCUCAAAUGGCUUGAGUAGUUAAUAUGAUGGAGAAAAAAUACAGGUUUUGGGUUUAUGUUUAAAUUAAUGUGAUUACCCCAUGAAGAAUUGAAAAGGUCCAUAUGCAAAUAUGUGUGCAUACCAACUGCCGCUUCAGUAGAUAGUGCCACGAGUUAACGUGUCCUAUAGAAGUUUGAAUAUUAUUGUCAAGUGGAUUGAUGAAAUCAGUCCCAUGUAAUGAAUUAAAUGCCUGACCUAGCAUAUUGUUUAUCUGUAACCAAUGUUUUUGAAAGAGCUAUAUAAAAGCUGUCCUGAUGUAAUCAGAUUUAGUAAAGACAAUUGUUUUGAAUGUCACAAGUUAUUUAUUGGUUAGACAUAUAUCUAAGAAAUCAAUAUUAGAACCUCCCGUCAUUCGUGUGUUCAGGUUCAUAAAAGCAGUAUUGUUGUUUAACAAUAAAGGGGCAUAUAAGUAAUCGUGAAAAAAUUGAAGCUAAUUUUAGCAAUUAUCAAUUGUGAUGUCUACUGAGAUACUAAAUAACCCAAAAGCAUGAAAAAAAGUGUAAAUUUGUGCCUUAAUUAUUUUGGUUUCCUUUUUGUUUUGUAAUUAUUUCUGCACCCAAAGACACAACCGUGUACAACAACCUUCCAGCAUAUUGGCUGCGUACCAUUGCCUCCUCAAUAUUGUAUAUUUUGUGCUAGAUAAAACUUUUUUUGGUCUUUGUCUUGACUGUAUUGUGAAAAUGAAUAAAAGCCUCUGUGGAAUGCA